AUGAAGCUUCUAUUCCCAAAGGAGCUUAUUGAUGAGAAUCUAGAAGGAUUCAAGGAGAAAGUUACAAGAACUCUACAACUUUUUCCUAAGGCAUUUGUGCCAAGGGACAUUCAUGGAGAGAUUGUCUAUCCAGCUGUGAAUCACCCACCAGAUACUCAUUGCAAGGAGAAAAGACUUGGAGGAUCAAAGAUGCCUCUUGAUAGAAGGAGAAAAAGGUGUGAAAACACAAUCCGCGCCAAAACCAUUGGCCGCGGACGCGCAGAAGAUGUCGAUCCGGGAAGGAACGGUAUGCUCGGCCGGACGAACUUAGCGCGACAAAAACCGUUGCGCGGACGCACGACAGGAAGGAAUAGGCCGCGAUCGGCCGAAUCACGUAUCGGAACGGACCGACCGUACGGUCGAUCCGGGAAGCAAACAUUCGGCCUCGGCCGAAUUUCUCGUCAUUCGCGAUUUGGCCGACCAAAUCGCUCGACCGCGACAAAAUCCAUCGGCCAUCGGCCCAAACUUUUCUCGGCCAAGGUAAGUCCCCUUUUCAUUAAAUUCAAACCGGUUUUAACCAAUCCUAAACCAACUUAA